GUAGCUUUUGGUUCUUAUUGACAGUAAAUAAAAGCUGUUGUACCAACUUUGAAGAUGUUAAGUGAUUGAAUGACUGUAAGCAGGUUUGCCUUCAGAAGAGUUUUGAACGAUGACAAGAGCCUUUGUGCCAUUCAUAACUCUAGAGAAAGCCGUGAAUAGAAAAUUCCAAUCGUUAUUUCUGCUUUAUACAGUGAUUUCAUAGCAUAUCUUUUGACCUAGUAGAAAUUUCUGACCUCCCUGUACAGACUGUGGAAGAGUUUGACGCUGAGUAUUACAAUUUGCUGAAGACUGACAGCAAUGAAGCUAUCAACUUAAGGGGGUACAUUAAUGACUCCCAGGACCCGUUUGUGUAUUCCUACCACUGUCACGAGGGGAUGCUUACUUUGGCAUAUGCCUUGAAUAAGACAAUUGCCGGUAUGGAUGAUAAUCAUUUAUGUGUCACUUGUGAGAGAGUUAAUGGUUCAGAUCUUGCUGAGAAUGAGACGCUAAACAGAGAAGCUGCAGAGGAAAGCGGUCUUCCUGAAGGAGAGACCUUCACAAUGGCCAACUUCACCUAUGCCAACUCGGGGAUUGUGACACGGAUGUUUGAACACCUCCAGAACACCUCAUUUCAAGGAAUAACUGGGAAUGAAGUGAAGUUUGAUGCAGAUGGCAUACGUGACAUUGAGACUGUGGCCAUUCUACAGUACCAAAGAGACUCUAAUGGCUCACUAAACCGGAUAGAGGUUGCAACUGUGAAAGGCACAAACAGCACUUUCUACUCAACAUCUGAUUUGGUCCUCCCAUAUGGUAUUCCUUAUGAUGGAGUACCAUUUAAGGAUGUGGUGACAGUCUCAGUUGCUCUGACAGUGGUCUAUGUCAUUCUGGCCACUGCUGGACUAGUGUUUGCUGUGGCCUGCGUUUUGUUCACACUCGUAUUUCGAAAAAAGAAAUUGAUUCGACUCUCCAGUCCUAACCUCAACUACCUGAUUGGACUGGGAGCUAUAGUUCUCUACUUGAAUGUUAUAGUUCUGGUCAUCCCUACCACAAACCCAGAGUUUGCUGCAGUACUCUGCAAUUUCAAUCCCUGGCUGACUUCUCUUGGCUAUUCCCUCUGCUACGGCACAAUCCUCAUCAAGAUGAUUAGAGUCUGGCUCAUCUUCAACAAACCCCUCGGCUUGAAGGCUACCUUUCUGCAAGACUAUGCGAUGGUGCUGUUUGUUCUGAGUCUUGUUGUCAUUGACGUAGUUAUUCUUGGGGUAUACACCCUCACUGAGAUGGUGAAGGGGGACCUGGGAGUCAAACUCACCCCUAACAGAGAGAUGCCAGAAGAAAUUAUUGGGCCCACAGCUGAGAUCCAUGAGAAUUUUCUCUAUGAGUGUGAAUCGAAGGGACGAGUUGUUCUCUACGCAGUUCUCUUUGGGUACAAGGGUCUUUUGACUGUUAUUGCUCUCCUGCUUGCCUUCCACACUCGCAAAGUGAAAGUCAAGGGUCUGGACGAUUCUAAGUACAUUGCAGCUUCCAUCUACGUCACAAGUAUUGUGUUGGCCGUUAUCAUUGUCUCCACCUAUACUCUGAAUGACUAUGUGAAUGCCUACCCAGCUGUGGUGGGGGUUGGAUUCUUAUUUGGAACCACAGUGAUUCUGGCCCUUGUUUUUACACCAAGAAUGGUAGAACUGUACAAGGAUCCUGAAGGAGACAAAAUAAUGAUAGGCAUGAGCUCCACCCUCAACCGUGGGAGUGAAAACGAGGUCAUAGAGCUGAGACGGAGGAUCAGUGAGCUGGAAAAGAACCUUAAGCAGCGGUCAUCGUCGUUAAUUUCUGCCAAUUCUGACACCCUUCCUGCUGAGUGUAACGGAGGAGACCAAAGAAGAUACAUAGAGGUGGAAUCAAAACUAACCAGAAACGACCAGCCAAGCUCAAAUGGCCCUCACAGAAAUCAGAAAUCACGCAUGUUUAUCCAAGAUACUCUGACUGUGUAAAUAAUUCAUACUAAUUUUUGCAAAUGGUUUUUAUAUAUUCAUUACAAGUUUUGCAUAUUAUAUAUGUACAUAUAUCUCAUUUGGGAAAAGUAAUUUUACAAC